UAAAUAAAAGGAGGGGUAUUGCAACUUAUUUUCUUACGAGUGAAUUAAUUUACCUUACGUAGUUUACCUGUUGGCCGAAUUCAGAUCAGUGAGUUUCGGAUACCAAAUACAUAAAAGGAAAAAAAGAAAAUUCAACUCUUUCAAGAUUCUAUAUAUAUUAACCAAGUACUACACUCUUUGUUACAUCCUCCCCACAUUUCUUUCUACAAUGGCAGAGCAACAAAGAAUUCAUCCAGUACCUGAACCAGAACAUGAACUUCCAGUACAAAAACCCUCUGUCCCUUUAGUGCCAAAGGGCUCUUUCAGUUCAGAAAAAGGUGACCCUGAGAAACAGCAGCAGCAGCAGCAACCACCUUUUAGAAGAACAAUCCCAUAUUAUCCACCAUUAAAACCACCAAAGAGAAGAUGUUGUUCUUGCAAAAGAUGUCUAUGUUGCACAUGUUGUCUGUUGUUCAUCAUCAUCAUAAUCAUUGCUGCUUUAUCUGCUGCUUUUUACUUUGUCUUCCAGCCAAAAAUACCAAAGUACUCCGUUGACAGUAUGAGAAUCACACAGUUCAAUUUCAAUAAUGACAUGAGCUUAUUGUUUGCUACUUUUAAUGUUAACAUCACUGCAAGAAACCCCAACAAGAAGAUUGGGAUUUACUAUGAAAAUGGUAGCCAAUUGAGUGUUUGGUAUACUGGUGUUCAGCUUUGUGAAGGGUCAUUGCCAAGAUUUUAUCAGGGUCAUCAGAAUACUACUGUACUCAGUUUGGAUUUAUCAGGACAAACACAGAAUGUUACUGGAUUGUUGCAGGCACUGCAGGUGGAUCAACAAAGAGGAAGUAUUCCAUUGAAUCUCAGGGCAAAAGUUCCAGUGAAGCUCAAGAUUGGGAAUUUGAAGCUAAUGAAAUGGAACUUUUUGGUGAAGUGUAGUCUGGAUGUGGAUAGUUUGUCUGCAAAUAAUACUAUCAGGAUUAGGAAUAGUGAUUGCCAGUUUGGUUUUAGGUUAUAAUCCAGUCCUGGAAUUAUUUUCUGUAUAAUUAUUUUUUCCUUCCAUUUUUUACAGAUUUUUUUUUCAAUAUCUGUUGACACUGUUUACUCAUAUUAUUUUGGAUUGAUAUAAAGUGAUCUGUUUCCUCUUUA